CCGCCGUAUUGGUGUGUUACCAUUUCUGACGUCAAAAAUAAGUUGUUGGCUGUUUAAACAGACUGCGUCAAGGCGAGAUAUAACAUGCUGCCUACGAAAAAACUGGUAAUUUCGUGGGCCGGGGGGAUUUGUUACACACAGGCCAUGAUCCAUGAAGAUAGGCCAUCCUGUAGUUGUAGUAGUAGUGUGUAUCAUCCUUGCGUAAUGGCCCCAUAAGCCACAGACAAACAAAUGACAUUUAAAAACGUAAAUAAACAUAAACAAAAAAAAAAUACAACCUACAAAAUAAACUAAUUAUUAAUAAAAAUCAUAAAAUGCUUCCUGGUAUCGGCGUAUUCGGUACCGGCCCGGUAGUCAAAGUCCUGGUACCGCUCCUGCGGGAAAACGGCUUCAAAAUCGAAGCGAUCUGGAGCCGGACCCUCCAAGAGGCCCAGGAAGCUGCCAAGACCCUCAACAUUCCCUUUUUUACCAACAAAAUCGACGACGUCCUACUAAAAAAGGACGUGGACUUAAUCUUUGUCCUAUGCUCGCCGAAUUUGCACGCUCAAAUCUCCGUUAAGGCUUUAGGAAUUGGAAAACAUGUAGUUUGCGAUAAACCAGCCGGACUAAACCAGGCCGAUGCUUUGAAAAUGGUCAGGGCUGGGCAGUAUUAUCCUUCGCUUAUUUCGCUUAUAAAUCACUCAUUUAGAUUUUUGCCAGCUUUUGUGCAACUGAAAAAAAAAUUGGAGGAAAAUUAUUUAGGCUCACCCAUGACUCUUAUUGAUAUAAGAAUCCAAACAGGCUCUUUAUUCACUGAGGUUGAUUGUUUUGAUUGGAAAUGUGAUGGAAUGAUGGGAGGUGGAACCCUAAACUUAGUUGGUAGUCACAUAAUAGAUUUAGUAACUUUUCUAACUGGAGAAAGGGCUGUAAGGGUGCACGGAGUUGUAAGGACCUUCACAAAACACACAGACACAGUUAAAGGUAUUAGGCAAAUAACAGCUCCAGAUUUUUGCGCAUUCCAGAUGGAACUCGCAAAUGAGGUCCUGGUAACUGUUUCAAUUAACAGUCACACAAUUGGCAGUACUUUUCAACAAGAAGUGACUGUUUGUAGUAGUACUGGGCAUUUAGCAGUCAGAAAUGGAGAUUUAUUUGGCAGGAAAGAUAAAAAUACUGAAGAAGUAAUUUAUUUGGAUGUUGAAGACUUAAAAUGUCCAGUUCCAAAUUCAACUCUGCCUAAAACGUUUAUUAAAGGUUUGUGUAAAAUGGUUGCUGCUUUAAGGGAGGCCUUUUUGCCUGUUAAUGAUCAAGCUGGUUGGAUCAAGGAGCCUGUUUCUAGUGCAGCAAACUUUGAAGAUGGUUUGUACGUUCAAGCAGUACUUGGUGCAAUUAAACAAUCUUCACAGACAAGGCAAUGGGUUAAAUUGAGCAUUAUGACUGAGCAACCUGAUAAAAAUGAAUUGUUGAGUGCUGUAGUCAGGAGAACAGCUAUUUCAAUGUCCUAAACAAUAUAAUAAAACUAUUUUUUUUAUAUAUAAAUUUAAUUAAUAAAAAGACACUUAAUAGUAAUUAACAAAUGUAUAAGCCAAAUUAAUUAUCUACUCCUAAUUGUAUCACUACGACGAUAAAAUAGCAAAUAGGGUACCCUGGUUCCUUGAGGAUUUAACACAUCCUCUUCUAGAACCUAAAAAGAUUUAUUUAGAUUGGUUUCAAGAAAAAUUGUGUUAUUACUUACUGGUUUAACUGAGGCAUCGUCAUACCUCAGCCAACUACUGUAGCCCACAUGAAAAGCAUCAGUGACAUAAUGUCCUUUAGUUGCUUCUUUUCCUUCAUGAUAAACAAUGGCAAAUAGUUUGUAUUGUUUUUCUUUAGCGCUGGUUGUCUUUGAAGACAAAAGU